CCGGCUUGUGGGCUGGAGGGCCCCUAGAGCUCCGGGCGGCGAGGACGACGGCGUUGAUAGCGGUGGUAACGAUGGCCUCAGCAGGCGGGGAAGAUGAAAGGUAGCCGGAUUGAGUCGGGAGAUGUAACACCACACAAUAUUAAACAGUUGAAGAGAUUGAACCAGGUCAUUUUUCCAGUCAGCUACAAUGACAAGUUCUACAAGGAUGUGCUGGAGGUUGGCGAGCUAGCAAAACUUGCCUAUUUCAAUGAUAUUGCUGUAGGUGCAGUAUGCUGCAGGGUGGAUCAUUCACAGAAUCAGAAGAGACUUUACAUCAUGACACUAGGAUGUCUUGCACCUUACAGAAGGCUAGGAAUAGAAACUAAAAUGCUAAAUCACGUCCUAAACAUCUGUGAAAAAGAUGGCACUUUUGACAACAUCUAUCUGCACGUUCAGAUCAGCAAUGAGUCAGCAAUUGACUUCUACAGGAAGUUUGGCUUUGAGAUUAUUGAGACAAAGAAGAACUACUAUAAGAGGAUAGAGCCUGCAGAUGCUCAUGUGCUUCAGAAAAACCUCAAAGUCCCUUCUGGUCAGAAUGCAGAUGGGCAGAAAACAGACAACUGAACAAAUUACAAAUGAACUUUCUUGCACUUGCUUGUCGCCAAAUAAAAGAGAGGCCCAUUGAUUCCCUGCCCCUGUCCCCCGCCUUUCCUAAGUUUUCCUCCCUACUUGUUCCUUUUUUUCCUCAUUUCUUUACUUUCAAGGAC